GUAUCACGUCACCGGAUGGGAAAAUGUGGACGAUGCAUAUUAAGGUCCAUACGCUUCCAUAUGGAAUUCACCGUCCCAUUACGCUUCGCAAUUUCCAUUUCGCAUACGAGUACUGAAGUAGCUGUGGAGCGGUGGAUGUUCUGGAUGUAAAUUACCUGACGGAUUGUCGUUCUCCCAUUCAAGUAGGAAAUAAUUCUACAACUUACAAUCGGAAUAUUAUCGGUGUUCCGUUUAUUAGCAGACGGUUUUUCGGAAGUUCUGUACUUAUAAGUUAUAAGUACUUGAAUAACUUGAUAUUUAGUGGAAUGGUGCCUAGCUGAGCUGGCUGCUCGCUCGACUUCAAGAAAGGAUUUCUUCAAAUUGUUUAAAAACUUUGCGCUGGCCUCGUCCACUUAGUCCAAUCCCACUGCGAUCUCCGGAAAAGGGGAAAUGGAUUGUGUCCAUUAACUUCACGACAUUUUCGACAGCAAAAAUGAAAUUCUCGUUAUGUGGAAUAUUCUAGCAAAUGUGUGCAAACUGGGCAAGCCCCAGAUUGGGGAAGCACGUCGAUAAACCAGCUAGUUUAAUUUAACACCAAUCGUGAAUCAUGUCCCAGAGUAAGCGAUCACCAAAAGAAUUCAUCCAGGAAUGUUUUCCGCCGAGAUUGGCAGUGCUGUGGAGUCAGGAUGCACACGACAUCUGUCAGAAGAAUAAUCUGAAUUUUAUCCAGCUAUUGCAGCCAUUCUGUCGGCCGAACGCGGAGCUCAUCGCUUCGGACUUGACCAACCAUAGAUUCUAUUUGAAGAACUUCUUCUUGCAUCUGUCGACCAUCGAACAGGCCGUGCCACCGAAUCCGAAUAUUACCAGGAACAUUUUUCACAGCCGUGUGGCAAAGACUGUUGAGGCAUUCGACGAGCGGAACGUUUCACAGAUAGAUGUACAUGUGAGGGACACUAUCCUACGGAUUCCGGCGGUUGCUCCAUGGUACGAAGCAUUCCGAGACGAUUAUAUUCGCCUUUUUCCGCUGUCCGAUCAUGAGUGCAUACGAGACUUCCUUGGUUGCCUUUUUGUCGUCUCCACAUCUGCUCCGGAUCCGAUUGCUCGCGCUAAGCUGCUUCUUGAACAGCAAGUGCAGCAGCAGGCUAACCAGAAAUAUCCUCGCUGGUUCGGGCCGAACACUUUGAAGUUUUUUGUUGUGCUGGAUGACGCCUCCAUCGUUAAUGAGGAAUCUAAGUCUCGUGGCGAUACAGCACUGCAUUAUUUUGCUUCCACGUACGGCGAAUCGAAUUGUUGUUUGCUGCGGAUUAACAGUCGACGGUCCAAUGAUGAGCCGUCUACGGGUAAUGCAUGGAGCGUUCUUGCUCGUGAGGAAGUCAAGCAGAGCUCGGAGAUGCUGAAUGGAUCGGCGGAAGAGAAGAAAGAUUCAGUGGAUGGUGCGGUGGUCGACACGCAUCCGCUGUCGCCAUCAUUUCAAGGAAAAAUGGAUGUUGCACAACCGGAAGUUGGAAACUUGUUGAGUUCGGAAGACGCGGAGGGAAUUCGUGAAUUUAUUAUUGAUUUAGUCAACAAGUGUUUGAUUCCCUAUGCAGAAAAGCAGAUAAAAUCGUUGAAUGAAUUGAUAAUAUCAAAGAAAGGCAUUCACCGUACUCUCGUGAAUUUCAGCAGCAAACUUCUGGGGCCCAAAGGGCCUCCGAAAGGCAUGCAGAAGGCUGGCAGUGGCGGUAACCUCAGUCAAGUGGUAUAUGUAGGCGAAGCCGUGGAACUGCAGAAUCGCAAAGCGGGAGACUUGUCGUUCAUGUUUCAAAUGUACGACCAGGCAUUCCAGUUUUACCAGUCCGCCCGGCGCGAUUACAGCAACGAUCAGGCGUGGAAUUACUAUGCUGCGGCUUCGGAAAUGUGUGGCUUAUCGGUAUUUCUGUCGCCCACUGCAGGAUUUUCCCACUCAAACGCCAAAGGUUUUCCGCUGCAGUAUUUCGAUGCGGCUGUUAAGUCGUACUCAGAUAUGAGUAAAAUGGCGCAUCAUAGCUAUAGAGCCGUUCUGUUAGCCUCGGAGGUGUGCAGGGCGUUGCAUUUAUAUCUUGAUGCGGCCAAUUUCUAUAAAAGCCGAACACUGGAUGAUUUCGAUCUGUUGUAUGGAUUGUUUUUGGAACAAGCCGGGCAUUGUUAUUUGCGAUUGCCACUGAAUCCUAGUCCGAGGAAAUUCACUUUUCAGAUGAUUUUCGCCGGGUUCCGUUACUUUAAAGCUGGCCAAAAAAGACUUGGAAUAUUAACUUAUUCGAAUGCUUUGAAAGUGUUAGAAGGUCGCGGUUGGAUGGUAGCUGAAGACCACAUACGGAUACAUAUUAUCCGACAUGCAAUGGCGCUCAAGCUGUACUCGGAUGUUUUACAGCAUUUUCGACCCCUUCUAACAGGAAUACCGCGGCAAUCAGCAGCGCAGCAGUAUAGUAUUCUGAAGGAUUUUAUUUUUUGUCACAAGUUCGUUCAUGGUGAUGCGACAACCGAUGUCAACUUGCCUGUGAUUUCUUGCCAAGACAUUCGGACUGUGAUUGGUUCCGCUUCGGAUUUUGCUGCCAGUGCAGUAGAAGUGGUCGAUGAACAGUGGUCCACAUUAGAAGAAAAGACAGUGGCUGUUAAAGGUAACAUUCAUCCCGUCUUCAAACAUCAACAGUUCAUUUUCAACAGUGUGACCGAUAAUCGCCACCAUCCAGUUUCUUCUGUCGGAGAAAUAAUAUCUGUGGAGAUUCCAUUGAAAAAUCCGCUAGGGACAGCUAUUUUUAUUAGUCAUAUUGUUUUGAAUUCUGAGUUUCGGCAUCGAGAAGGAUCUCCAAAUGAUGGCGAUCUCCACGUAACGGCCCAACCGUCGGAAAUAAGCCUAGCUCCACUGAGCUCUUCCACUGUAUCGUUUCUCAUACAAGUCGACCACCCGGGUUCCUUCAAAAUUACAAGCCUUAGUUAUACGUUAUUUGUUAAAUCGGAAACUGAAGAAGAAAUUAUUAACGUGCGCGGGGAACAGAAACUGUCAUUACGCGGAUGGCGGUUGAAUAAGAGUAAUGCUGAGCAAAAGAGCGUCGUUUACGCGCUGGAUCGGCGAUUGGAUUUAAUCAUUAUUCCUCCUCGUGGAAAGCUUGUUGCGAAGUGGGAAAAUUUUCCAAAAGGGGUUCUGGCUGGGCAGGUGGUGCGAUUGGGGUUAACAAUUGAAAACCAAGGCCGUCGGGCCGUGGACCACGUAGCUAUCGCUUCCUCCUUGCCAGACGUUCUGUUAUUUUUUGGAUGUCCGAAUGAACAAGGCGUUAUCACCCUGCAGAUCCCCAAUGGAACAAUAGAACCCGGAAAGAAGGUUGUGCUAACAGCAGUGUUUAUGGCACCGGCUUGUCCAGGCUCGUACUCCCUGAAAAGCCUGUUGUAUUAUGAAUCGGUGCCGUUGUCGGAAGAUAGGGAUAAAACGCAUAAAUAUCGGGUGUGGCGGGUGCAACAUGACUUUGAUGUCUUUCCCGGGGUGACCCUACGGGGAUCGUCGCAGUCUGUGGGACCAGCGGGACGAGACUUGUUAACAACCUUGCAGGUCGCUCAUGUCAAUGAGGUUCAGUUGGAAUCGUUGCCGUUUGCUUUGGUGGAAAUAUUAAGUACGGAUCCGUCGUGGGAAGUUCGCAAUCUGAGUUCUCCAUUCUCGGAUGAGGGUUUGAUUUACCGUAACGAGGAGCGCUUUAUCUCGUUGUACGCGACACAACAUCAGGAGGCGCCAUCAGCAGCACUAAGUGGUUUUACCAUAGCUGCCAACCUGGAUGCUGCUGACCACAGUUUUGUUAAAGCCGCCCGGCGUUUUGUGGAGAUUGUCAACAGAUCAGACAAAAGACAGUUGGGCCUCCGCUUACUGUGGAAAAUUACCCUGAGCUCCGACGGGCGGCCGACCAGUGUUUAUGGCACCCGCUCCAUAACUCUGCCUCUUGCAACGCAAACCACACCCGACAUUGCAGAGAUCCUUUCGAAAUUUAGCCACGAUAAGUUUCUGGCGGGGCCUUCACAAUUGGUGGCCGUAGAAGAGCCGCUGAAUAUGGAUGUAAUUGACUGGCGAGUGGAGUGUAAAGAGAUGCCCCAGGGCGGUUGGAAGAACACGAACGUGGUCCCGAUGAGCCUGAGAUUGGUGUGUUCAUCUGUGAUAGCGACGGCGACAUUCCAUGUGAAUGUGGAGUUCCGAACGGCAGUGCGCAGUUUUCCUGUGGGUGUGCGUCGGCAGAUGCUGACCAUGCGGGCAGGUGACGUGCAGGAGUUGCCGUUUGUCUACUGUUUUAUGACGCAGGGCACAUAUAAUAUGGCUGAGUUUGUCAGUGUCAAAGCGAUUUGUGAUGUGAUUCCCGAGUUGAAGGUGCCAAAACUGCAGAAACCGUCGAAUAAUCAGAUGCUCUUCAAAGUUGGCUGAAGCCGGUUGGCCGCAUUUUACUGUUUAUAAUGUCUGUUGCUGAAUGAAAAGCUUGUUCUCUUUGUUUAGAUUGUCACGUGAUUCGUAUGCGGGUAGUAAUUUUAAAAGAAAUGUGACAUUUUAUAUGGGAAACACAAAAAUUACUGAAGUGAUUCAUCCAGUUGCGUUUCAAGGCGUGCUUGAAACAGCACCUAACCGUAGGUACAACCGGGAUAUGGAUAAGUAUAAUAAAC